GGGCGGGGUCUGUGGCAGGAAGCCGGAAGCAGCCGCGGCCUCAGCUUGGGAGACAUGGCGGGGAUUAAAGCUCUUGUGUUAUUAUCCUUCAGUGGGGCUAUUGGACUGACUUUUCUUAUGCUGGGAUGUGCCUUAGAAGAUUAUGGUGUGUACUGGCCCCUGUUCGUCCUGGUAUUUCACACCAUCUCUCCCAUUCCCUAUUUCAUUGCCAAGAGAGCAACAUAUGACUCUGAUGCAACAAGCAGUGCCUGUCGGGAGCUGGCCUAUUUUUUCACUACUGGAAUCGUUGUUUCUGCCUUUGGAUUUCCUGUUAUUCUUGCUCGAGUGGCUGUGAUUAAAUGGGGAGCCUGUGGCCUUGUGCUGGCUGGCAAUGCGGUCAUUUUCCUCACGAUUCAAGGUUUUUUCCUUGUGUUUGGAAGAGGAGAUGAUUUUAGCUGGGAGCAAUGGUAGCACUACAUUCUGAUAAUAUGCAUUUAAUUCCUUAAAACUCAUACUUUAUGUAUGUAUGUGCACAUGUGGCCUUUUACUAUGAAAUUUAAUAUGCUGGGGGGUUUUAUACUUUAUAUCAUGUUCACUUUAAGGAGGACUACAUGUUUUAUUACCAGCAAAUAGAUCAGUCCAUUUACUCGAGUUGAAUCAUGCUGUCUGGCUGUUCACAUAGUCAUGGUGCUCUCAGAAAAUAUAGUAGCACAGUCUCGUAGACAGUUGCCUGUGUAUGCAGUGCAUCUACACCUUUUACCUGGGGAUGUGCUUGGAUAGGAGCAGUUCUCAGUUCUGCUCAGGACUUCCAAGAUACACGUGGCCCCGAGACAGCGGUGGCCCCUCUUUGCGUGGUGGACCCUCGCUUCACAAAGCGUUGUCCAUAUACCAAGAGCACCAGAAUCGCCUAGGUGCUUAUUGCAAAUGCAGAUCCUGAGGCCCCACCCCAGACCCAAGGGGACUGGAUGGAAAGUGCUGUCAUAGAGGACUAAGCAUCACACACAGCUUCCUUUUCUUUCCAUUUGCUGUACCCCUUAACCUCUCUGGGUGUUAGCUGCUCAUUUGUAAUUGUUUCACCUGCUUUCAUGUUGAGGCCUAAUUCAGGCUCUGUUUGGUAUUUGCAAAAUGUCCAAACCUGUAAUACAUAGGCCGUUCCUCAUAUUUAUGAAUUGCUCUCAGUAGGGAACAGCUAGACAUGCCUUUGCCCUGUCUGAACGGCAGUGGCUGUUUUCCCAGUGCUCGGGGACACAAUAGCCUCAGAGCUCCCUGGGCCACAGGGAGGGAGGCCAAGCUGGAACCAGUCCCUGCCUUAGCAGGAUGAGGUAGACUAGAGAGGUAAUUCUGUUUAAUUCCCCUUUAUAAUCUGACACUUCUGCCCGCUCCUUCCUGUGCUGCUCCUCCCCCACCCUCAAACACACACUCCCGGCGGUUCUGAUUCGUCCUUGCUCCUUAGUGACUCUGGUUCCUCCUUUCUAUAAAGACAUGGAACCAAGUAAGCAAGCAGAGGGUGAGCUGCUAAAUUUUACUUAUAUGUUAAUGUACUCGUUGUUUAUGUCCUGCGGGACUUUUUAUAUAUAUAACACUUUGGCCACUUUUAAUGAAUUAUUAGGAAUACAUGUCAUUCUGGAUCCUAUAAUCACACUUUUCUUGCUCGACUUUAUGUUCAAGACAUACUGGGAAGGGGAAAUAUGGGAAUUAGAACCACUUGAUCAGAAUAGUAUAAGCAGUGAUUUUAGAAUACUGUUAAUGUGUGAUAACUGAUGUACAUUUAAAACACCGAGCCCUUUAAGUUUGUAUCUGAAUAAUUAGCAUACCCCUUCAUAUUCUGGAAUCAUACUAGAGGAGAUAAAAGUGAUACCUACAAGGACAGUAUACAAAGUUUUAUUUUGACCUUGUGCAUGAUUUUAUGUUUUCAGUGUUCUAUGUACAUACAGAAUUGUUGAAGUUAUUUCUAAUAUUUAUAUUAGAAAAAUUAUAUAGACACUUUAUAAUUUCAACCAGCAUUUUAAUAACACUUGCAUUUAUUGUAUUGUAAUAAAUUUUACUUUAAACACAAAAGGAAAGUUUAAUUUUAAAAGUCUUUAUUCCGAUGUAGCCUAAACUAAAAGAUAACAAAAAGUGAGAAUUUCUUGGUAUUGUGAAAGGGGCAGUUUUGAGUGCUGAUCUGUCCUGCAAUAGGAUAAUAGCAAUAAGAUUUAAGAUUCCAUUUUAAAUGUCUAGUUGGCUUAUAAUAGCUUUUCUUUUCCUAAGAUGGAAAUAGUGUUUAAUUUAUACUACCUUUUACAAAAAUGUCUUUGUUGCUUAUACACAUUUCAAAUAACCAAGGUAGCCUUAAUGUGCAGCCUUAAAGCAUUGCCUCUUGAUGAUAUAAAACACUUUCAUAUAGAAUAUUUGUAGCCAUUCCCUAGUAAUGUAAUGGUUUGUCGAAGUGGUAGAUUACUGGAUUUGCUGUAUGUCUGAAAACAGAGACGUUUAUUCUGAAGUGCCUACCUAUCAUUUAAGUAAUAAAUGUCAAUAGGAAGAUUUGCUCUAGAUGAAUGUGCAAUACAGCAGUUUCAUCUUGGUGACAAAAAUGUUGGGCACUUUUUUUCCUUAUAAAUAUUUUUUUUUAAUAUAUAUAUCAUAGAAUAUAUUUUGGAGAUUCAAAGUACAUUGAUUACAUUCUAAAACUGAGAUUAUACAUAAAGAAUUGCCUAUAAGUAGGUAAUCUUAUAAAAGGAUUCUCUAUCACAUUCCAAACAGUUGGCUUACAGGUAUAUUUUGGAACACUUUUCCCACAGAGACGAUGUCAUACAUUAGUGGUUGAGUCCCCAGGGUAAGCCUUCUGUGUUGAAGUAAACCCUAAAGGAGCUAGCUGACCUUGGUACCUGCCUGAGAUUUGGGUCCAGGUAACGAGAUGUGAAUAGUUUGGAGGAAGGAAAGUACAAAUUUCUCUCUUUUCCAAAGAACAGGGUCUGUCUUGUUUUUGCAGCCCUUUCUAAUCCCUAACACCCUUAGGGGACAGGUAAACCCCUGUGAGGUUUGCUGGCCUCCUCUCCCGGAUCAGCCCCUCCUCCUAGCCUGCCCCACCUCUUCAGGUUUUUCAUAUUCCAGAAUUACCCGCUUCUUAUUACCAAUCAGUUUUCUCAGUAUAACUGAUACCAUGUGGGGAUAAGAAGACAAUCAUCUGAUCAAACUCCUUCCGAGAAAGAAUGAAUGACUUGGGAUCAACUUCCCCACAUCUGAAACUCACAAAUACCUGCACUGCACCAUUGCCACACAGUGCUGCUGCUGCUGCAUCCUUACCAGGGCACGCCUCGGGACCCAGUGGCUUCCACAGAAAAUGGCGAUGCUGCAAAGUCCAGUGGAGAAAGCAGUCCCCCAGUUGGUAGAAGAAGAUAAUGUUUGGGGGCAGGGGCAACUCUGUCAUAUCUCAUCUCUUCUUCAGGGUGAGUUCUCAGCUGGUCCUACUUGUCAGAGUUGUUUCUUUUCCUCUACUUAUCAACCCACAAAUUUUUCUUACCAUCUCCUCAAGGUAUCUUCACCUCCGGGGUAUCUUCUUCAUGAAGACUCUUCUAGAGUAUAGCUGAAGUGUUUCAUUACAUGAAUAACAUUCCUGUGCUCUCAAGGAAAUGCUUAGAUGUCACAAAAAUGUGUUCUUUCAAAGUUUACAAAAUUUAUAUUUUGCACCAUAAGGUAACCAGAAUAUUUAUGAAGAUGCUAGCAUUUUCCAAGCACAGUAAUUGGUUUUCAACUGGGAGAUAGUAAUUUUAUAGGUGAAUAUAAAUUGUGCAAUUGAAUUCUCUUGCCAUUCCUCCUUAUGAGUACCUUAUUUGCAAAAAUUCUCAUAUUAAAUAGCUCAUGACUUAACAAUCUGCUUGUAAGUGGCCAUAACGCUGGAGGAGAGCAGUGAUGUGUGUGACCCCACACAUGAUGUGAAAGAUCCCAAGACUGCUUUUUGUUUUUAAAUCAGUAGUUUGCCCUGCCAGAUAGAUAGGUCAGAGGUUAUUUCUGAUAAUCUCUUAUUGGGGGCAAGGCUUCUAAUUAAAAUUCUUUUAGGUAAUUGAGGGAAGGGGGCAGACGUUUCUCUAUCCUGCAGGGUCUCAGUUAA